UGUACCUGGCACGGACGAGCUUAAUAACACUAAGUUUCAAGAGCCAAUGUAAAGUUGAACGUACUCCCGAUCGUCCGAGGGCGAUCGGGAGUACGCAAACAAGCAUGAGCUCAAUAGAAUUGUCAAGCCCAAGCUCGAGAAGCACGAUCGCGAUGACCCUUCUUAGAGCUGCAUCAGGACCAAAGCCGAACUCGAACCACCUACACGGCCAGUGAUCAAAGUCUUCUUAUUCCCUCGCGAUCAAAAUCUUGCCCAAAAGACUGGAUCGAGUGACCUCUUCAUGAACAAUAGCGUGACUAGCAGUUGCAGCUCCAUGUCAGGUCAAUGAAUUGUACAGAGCAAACAAUGCAGCUGCCUGUAGUUACUUGUCGAACAUGAAUCCGCAAGACAUCUUGGACGCGGCCUGACAGAAGAAAAUCGAAUCGAAUGUUGGAUAACACUAGACUAUCGAGCGGAUGGCCACACUUGAAUGUCGCCAGCUACGAUUCCGAGGACAUCAUUCACGGUUGGGAACAUGAUAGACAUGCCUAUAAGAUGAGCCGGAAGAUGAGGGAGCUGCAUCGAUCCACUCAAAAUGAACUGGUGAAUUGCUUGGCGAGGAAGCGGGUUUCAAUGGAUCCGAGUCAAACUCCUCACGUGGUCCAAAUUCUUUUCAUGCGAAGUGGCCGCUUCGUCUCACUGAGACUGAUAAGACCUGUCCACAUGUCAACCGCACCCAGCAACUGAGCCAUAGAUAUGUCGACCAUGUUCGUCACUCGGUGCACUUGGUAUGCACUUUCCCAGUUUCACUGCACCAAAUGCUUCGAGCUCCUCCUGAUCAUGAGGAGGAUCUGCACAGUCCGACUGCAGUCGAAAAUUAUGUGGACCAUGCAGAACUCGAAGCGAAGGUUAGCCUUAAAAUUUAAUUCCCUCGUGCCGUGACACAAGCCCAUCAGCUCAGAUCCGUGGCCUCGGCUUCAGCUGCGGCUCAAUCUCGGGCGCUACCGUGAGAUGCUUCACGAUGAACCACUGUGACCCUUGAGUUGGCUCUGCACGUCCACGACCGGCGGUUCAUCCGACAUCAGCUCUGAGCUUAGUCAGUACAUGAAAUCUGCAAAGCAUCAGGUUUCUCCUUUCUCAGAUCUACGCUUUAGGACGCUCUCGGGAGAAGUUCUCAUCCUCGUACUGCAUUGAUCAUGCACUCGGUCGGAAUUCAAAGCGGAUAAUGGUGAUCCGUAGUUAACAACCUCAAAUCAGGUUCAAGUGAGUUUUUCCGCCAUAGUGGGUUCUGAUUAGGCCGACAUCUAGAAAGUGCACAGAAUCCAUGGCAGGCACAGCUAUGGGCUGGACCUGCGUGACUGUGCUAGUAUUGCUAUCGGUGCGUGCGAGUGCUCAAGCUCGAGCACCGAAGACAUGCAAAGCUGCUGAUGAAGCAGCUCUUCUCGACUUCAGAAGGGACUUCACGUGCAGUGACGACAUCGAUCCGGGCGUCACCUGCCCGCUCGAUAGCUGGACGAGCGACAGCGACUGCUGCACGGAUUGGGAAGGCAUCAGCUGUGACUCCAGGGGCCGGGUCAAGAAAAUCAAGGUCACUUCGUUCUUCAGGCCACCAUCGUCAUUCGGAAUUCGAGGCAACGAGAGGAGACCGUUUGGACGACCUCUCGCAGAGCUCAAGGAGCUGCAGGACAUCGAGAUGAGAUUCGUCCAGAUGUCUCAGCCGCUGCCCAAAGCGUUCGCCAACAUCACCAAGCUCAGGAGGCUGUCGCUCAUAGCUUGUAACAUCAUUGGAGAAAUUCCUGGCGAGUAUGGCCGAUUGAGUAACCUGGAGACUUUGCGCGUGGAUACAGUGUCUCCGGACUACUUCGGACAAGGUAUGGUGGGUACGACGGGCAUUCCCCAAGAGCUGUGCAGCCUUCACAAGCUCAAGCACUUGUUCUUGUUUUACAACCCCCAGCUGUCCGGAAGCAUCCCCAGCUGCAUCGAUCGAUGGACUAGCAUAGAAUCCAUCUCAAUUUUCAAUACAAUGCCGGGCUUCACCGGUGUGGGAGGGUUGACAGGCAAGCUGCCAGCCACCAUCGGCAAGCUGAGCACGCUCAAAAAGCUCAGACUCUCUUGGAACAACUUGCGUGGAGAGCUUCCCAAAUCCAUCACCAAUCUUCGCCACCUCAGAGUUUUGGAGCUCGACCACAAUCAGUUCACGGGAUCUAUCCCACCACAGAUCGCAUACAUGAAGUCUCUGGAAGCGCUGAAUCUGCACUCGAACAGGCUGUACGGGAAAAUUCCUCACUCCAUUGCGGCUCUGAGCAACCUCAUCGGCUUGGAUCUGGGCAACAACAGCUUCUGGGGAGAGAUACCCAGCGUAAUCUACAACAUGCCUCGUCUGGGCUCCUUGAUCCUCAACAACAACCGCAUCUGGGGUCGCUUUCCUCAGUAUUGGGGCCCAGACGAUGCGAUGAAGUUCUUCCAGAUAGAUGUUUCUCACAACUAUUUGUCGGGUCCUCUGCCUUCGAAGCUGAAACACAAUACCUUCUUCUUCGAUGCCUCGUUCAACUCACUCUCUGGCAGUCUUCCUGCAAGCAUUGGCGAGUUGACCUUCCUGAGGGAGCUGGACCUUUCCUAUUGCAAAUUCACUGGACGCAUUCCUGCAGAUAUAGCCAAUGCGCCAGCUCUGACCAGACUCGACCUUUCUUUCAACAAGCUGUCGGGACCUGUGCCAGAAGCACUGAGAAGGAUCCCAGAAUUGUACCUGGCCUUCGACAACGUGACCGGCUACCGAUGACAGCUCCAGAAACAGAAGGUUACCAUCAUCUGCCGCUUGAUCUGUGGUGACGAAUUCACUUAGGGCCGGGAUGGCUAUGUACAAAACCUAGGCCUUUUCUAAAUCGACUUGGUGUGGUUGGAUGAUAUUUGUUGUCUUGGCUGCAUAUGUCUGUGACAACUUCAUCUACACGCCCGUCUCGACCAAGUGGGAGCGCUUUGUUGGUAGAAGCUCGAAUCACUUCGGUGGUCACCCACUAGCAGCGGACGCAAUUUUUAAUGUAUGUCAUGUUAUAAAAGAUCAUGAUUACAAACAGCUCCCUAGUUCACAAGGACUUGCUUCACAAGCUGACCGAAUUAGUUGUCAGUAAUACAGCCACUUGGUUGUGAUGGGACCCGUUUCUUCCACCAGUGCAUUGCAGGGAUGUAUACCUGUUAGAGCUAAAAUGUCUUCAGGUACACUUUUACUCUGACUCAUCCAAAGAUGAGGCGUCAGUCGCGCUGGUCGACCUCCUCAUUAUACAGUCGUAAUUUCCACUCGAAGGUCCUUGUUGAUAAAUAAUGUAAUGAAGUUCUUCAAGACUGAAGUGUGUUCACAA